UUUUGCAGGAUUAAAUUCUGAAUUUGUUUAGAGCAAAAGGAAGAAUUAAAUAAUCAAAGAUGAUUCACCGGAAAAUUAGAAACAUACUCGAGGAAGCAACCGUUAGAAUCAAUAAAUUACACGUACCAUACGAGAAUGAAUUCCGAGCUCAAAUCCAGUAUCUCAAUCUGCGGGAAAAGGAUGUAUUCCGCCAGUUUCUUUUCGCACAUGAAUGGAAUCUGGGCAGUUCAAAGAUGCUAUCCGUGUCCCAAAAGGCUGGAAUUAUCACCGCUAGCGAAUAUAUACUACGAUUACGCUCCCGAGAAACGAUCCAACAGGUAAUGAAUGACCUUCUUGAAGUGGAACAUGUUCUGCUAGCAGAUCUGGUCAGCAAUUCAUUGUUAGACACGGAAAGCUCCACGACCCUGAAGGCAGUCCUGCAUGAAAGUUUCAGCUCAGUGUUGGACGAUCUGAUCACCGAUCCUAAUGUUGUUCCCUGCAACUAUUUGGAAAAGUUGAAGGUCCAUCUAAAUGGCCCUGAGCUGACACAGGUACGUUUGCAACACAUGCAGCUGCUAUUGGCGAAGGAAAGUACCUGUACCUUAGGAGAAGCCAUAGGAUUGCAAGCACAGUGGAGAUCGGAAUGCAGCGAACGGUGCAGUACUUCAUUAGGGCGAAUUAUGAACGAAAUUGUUGUCGAUCAAGGGAGUUCCAUUGAAAGUCUUUUCAGCGUGGCCAAGGCGGGGAGUGUGUCUUGGAAAUACUUUCUCUCGUUGCUUCAUCUAGUGAUGAUUGCUGUCGAAAGGAACAAGGUGGAAAUUGUUCGCGUUAAAGGGAUUAUGAAGGAUCUGUUCCUACAGAUGGUAGAUUCAGGGGAUUUCCAGAUAUUUUUAAUACUGAUGAUAAGCGCCCGGGAGGUUUGUGUUUCGAACGAGGAUGUUUUGGGUACAUAUGCCGUUUGGUAUAAAUCGACGAUUGGGGAGAUGAGUUACCGAAUUAAGAAGGAACAGUUUGUACGCGUGGUGGAAUUGCUGACAAGGAUGAUUGGUUUGGAGGAAGACCCGGAAUUGCUGAAAGUUCAUAUUAACAUAUCAGUGUCUACGCCACCAAAAUGUAUGGAGCUGAUUGUGGCCUAUAAACAACUUUGCAGGGCUCAGCUAGCAAAGCUGCAGAAUGAAAAGAAUCGUAGCAGUGCAAGUACGGAGCAUGCAGAAUGCGAAAUGUCCAUUGUCAUCGAUGAUGAUUGAAACCGAAUAGUAUUUAGCAAUUUUAAUAUAAAUUUACAGUACCUCCGCAGUCGUAUAAGCAUACCUACACCUUAUUGAUUUGUUACAUCC